AGGUAGGGCAAGAGCAGUUAGCUGGAACCGCGAGCCCUUGGUUGGCAUGCCUGUCGCCUUCUGAGAAGUUAAUGGGCAUAACAAGAUGUCAAAUAAUAACACGCCAGCGGCUCCACCUGGAAACAGGCAUCUCAUCAAGCGCAUUUCGGAGCUCUUUGAGAAACAGCAAGAUGCAGACUGCCGCAUAGUGUUUGUGCUGGACCGCACAGCAAUUGCUGAGGCCGGCUCCUCGCAAAGCAGUCCUCCAACAUCCGCGGAAUGCGCAGGCGUUGGCUCGCUGUUAGCGCACUCUUGGGUGCUGCGAUACGCCAGCGACGACUUUGCAACAAAGAUGGUAUGGGAAGCCAGGAGCACCGAGCCGCCCGCCAAGCGGCAGAGAGCGGAGCCGACUGCUGGCACGUCCGCUGCGCCGCAGCCGCUCCCGGAGUUGCGCGUAACGGUGAGCACCGCGGACGACGUGCCCUGCGCCAUCGCGGCCAUCAAAUUUGCCUACACGGGCCUGUUGGAGGCGCGCAGCAUCACAGAGGCGCUGCAGGUGCGGUGGCAGGCGGACGCAAUGGGCAUCCAGGGCUGCGUGGAGGCGUGCCUGCAGGCGAUCAAGGAGAAGCUGCAGGCAGCGCCGACCACUGCUGGCGCUGCUGGCGCUAACGGCGCUAACGGCGCUAACGGCGGUGCAGCCGGGUCCUCGGGAGCCGCGGCAACUGCUGCUCCUGAUGGUGGCGGCGCCGGUGGCGGUGGCGGGCCCAGCAGCGCCGGCGGCGCAGCAUCGGGCUUGUCGGAGCUGCCGGCGGUGGAGUUGUACCGCUGCCCAGGGCUGUGGCCGGACGCGCAGAAUCACCCUGACUUUGCUGCCUUCACGGAUCUGCGGGCGGAGGCCAAGCGGCAGCUGGUGGCGCACUUCGGGGACGCGCUGUCAGUGUUGAACAACGAGCAGCUGUACUUUCAAAUGCGUGCGCUACCGGCGUUGGGGCUGGAGGCUCUACUGGAGUCGGACGACUUUGGCACCGACAGCGAAAGCAGCGUGCUGGCGCUGCUGGCCGCGUGGAUGGCUGCCAAGUACGACAGUACGGACGCCGAAAUGCGGCAGCGGCUGUGCAACCUGAUCCGGCUGGUGCAGUGCAGCCAGACGUACCUCAGCCUGGUCGUGCCCGCCCUGGCUUUGGCCCACCACGACCACCGGGACAGCCAGGCCGGCUGGUUUCCCAUUGAGCCGGCGCAGGCCAACUGGUUCACGCUUUACGCGAACGCAUCUGGCGCCAUGAAGGAGGCUCUGUGGAAACACCGCCCUCAGAGCGGUGGUGUACCGGACGCCUGGUUGAGCCAGCAGCCGCGGCGGCAAUGUUUGCCGAAGGAUGGGCGUGUCUACAAAUUGAGCUGUAGCCGCGAUGAGCUUGCGGCGGUGUUCGGCGGCCUUGAGCGGGAGCAGCGGGGCUGGGUCGGCAUGCGUGUAAAGGGCACGCCGAUUAUGGAAAGGUCCCUUCACGCCAUGGGGGUGCCGUGGCGUGUCCUCAUCAGCCAUAUUCAAGGCAAGGGCACCGCUGGGCUGUAUGUCAAGCCCAUGAUGCCUAGUGUCGCUUUCGGUGAGGGCAUUGCACACCUGGAAAAACUGAUGGCUGGCAAGCCGGCGCUGAUGCCACAAAUGUGCGUUACGCUACAGCGCGUCAACGGACUGCGGCGCCAGAUCUUUUCGAUUGACAACAAGCUCGGGUCCUUCGGGCGCACUCGGGGACACUCCAGUAUGUUGGUACUCGCUCCUGAGCCCGCGGAGGCGCAGGCGCUGCAGGGGCAGCAGGGGCAGCGGGCACGUGGGGAGGCGGCUGUGGAGGCGCAGUGGGUGGGGUACCUGGCGGACGGCAACAUCCACGGUACCAUCACCUUGCUGCCAUCCAGUGCACAAGGCGCAGCGGCUUAGGCUGUCUGUGCGCGGUCCAACCUGGCAUGGCUGUGCGUAGAUUGCAUGUGUCUCUGGGAUUCGAGUAAGUUACGGUAGAUGACACGGAAUCAGGGAGUGAAAUGGUGGCAUGAUUUGAAGCACCGGGCCAGGAUGGAAAAGCGUCGUAGUGUGGCUGGCAUGUUGCUGCAGUCGGUAUGCAGCAGGCAGGCGGCGGAUGCUGCCAGGUUGUUGAUUGGGAGAAGUGCUGUCGAUUCAUCAGGUGACAGUCGCGGUGGGCUUCAGAACAGUGACAUGCAUGAAGCAAGCAGGGCUUGGUAGCAUAGUGGGUUGCUGAAGGACUGGGCAGAGCGGCGUGUAUGCCACGAGCAUGCGUGUACGUGAUCGGCUGACUGGCACUAGGAGCUUAGAGCGUGCUACCGUGACAGGUGUUGGACUCUGCAACGAGCGUUAGCCUUGCACGGCAUAUGGAGAGGCGGCGGCGGGUGUAAGCGAACUCACAUUUUAUCCAAGAAACCGCACAUAUCAAAUUGAGCGCGGACGUGGGACUGGGGUCCUCACUGCGCCGUAAUGUUACCAAGGCUCCGUGUACCGUAUGGUCGGCGGGCGCAUUGCUAUGGCGUGUUAGAGGGCUGCGAUGGCGUCUUAGAGACUUGCUAUGGCGCCUUAGAGACUUGCUAUGGCUUAAUGUGCUCUUGGAAGGGCUAUCAGGAGGUGCCUGCACGAGGUGUCCGAGAAGGCUGAACAGGGGUAGGUGGGGGUGCGUUCAGUGUGGAGCUGGCUGGCAAAGCUGGAGGCAUCUGGUGGGUUGCAUUGGACCUGCAAUUCGGGCCCAUGCUGGGUCAUAGUGUCGCUAGGCUCGGUGCGCUGCAUGGCGGCGUUGUGUCGCAGAGAAAUCGCCCAAUGAGGUGACGCAGAGGCAUAGAUUUGAUGCUCGGCUAGGGAUUCGUUUUGUACAUUCACGCUCCGCAUCCAGGGUGGAAGCAGGUUCGUGGAAGCGCUUCAUCUGUAAAUGAUUAAAACC